AUGUCGGUAGACCCGAUCUUGCUCCACGACAACUCGCCGAUGCUCAUCACGCCCUUCGAGCGCUUCAUCUUCGUGUUGGAUGACGUUAGCUUUAACGUCUACAGCGGGGCUGGAUAUCCCGGCCAAGGUGGCGUGUACUACGGCAAGCGAGGUCGCCUGUACGUGUCGUCGUAUCGCCUCGUGUACGUCGAGCUGGACCCGUCCAAUCGCCAUUUCCGAAGCUUUUCGCUACCGCUGUACAACAUUGAAUCGUCCCACCGCUUUUGCGUCCCUUAUUUCGGCCGACCAACCUACGAAGGCAUUGUUUCUUCAGUGCCUGGCGGCGGCCUUGUCGGGCCUGGUAAGUUUUGCGUGACUUUCCACGGCGUUGGCUUCGAUGAAUUCCGAUCCUUGUAUGCACCAUUGUUUGACCACUCGCGAGAUUUGCAUCGGCAAAUGCACGCGCUGCCCACGGCGUCCAUCGUCCAAGUCCCAGGCGAGCGGUGGGAUAGGAUAGUGCUGAACGUAAACCGGCCAACAGAUCCUCCUAUCCCUGCGUUCAUCGACCACCGCAAAGCGGUCAUGUUUAUCUUCAAGGCACAGCAUUGCGUCAUCCUAACGCUCCUCGUCGAUCUGCGACAGGUACAGCACAUCAUCUCGUAUUUGAAACCUGCUCCGACGGGUGGUUUGGAGCGCAUCCACAGCAUGUUUCGCGCUGGUCUGCACUUAAACCACCCACCACCGCCACCACAAGACGCGGUGCUUGGCGACGUGGUCAACACCCACGGAACCAGCGAGACGCAACGCAUGCGAUUGCAAGCAAUUUGGCAGCUUCUCGUCACGGGCUUUGAGUUAACCAAGUACCCGAACGCAGGGCCAGCUCGGAAGCGCGUGAUCUGGCUCACGUUGGACGGACGGCUGUGCGUGGGCCGAUCCAAAACCGACAAGCAUGCUGGCAAGUUCAUGCAUUUGUGGAACAUCGAGCGAGUGGUCAAGGGGUGCGAGUCGGCUCAGUUUUCAAAGUCGCUGAGCUGGCGUGACGCCCGAGGCAGGGAGCAGCAGUGCUGGAGCGUCGAGGCCAAGCGGGGCAAGAAGGAAGACGCCAAGCUGCACUCGUUCGCGCUGCAAGUGACCAGCGUGAACGUCCGCAACAUACUCGUGGAUUGUCUCGGGCUGUUGGUGGAGCUCAUGCAGGGCGAUGCCGACGGCAACUACCCCCGCGGGGCCCGUGUGCGCAUUGCCAAACACUAUGCUUCCACCGGAGAAAUCCUCGCCAUGGCGGAUGUCCAAUCCGUGAUGUCGCGCCAAGGGUCGGAUAUGAGCGACAUUACCAGCGACGGCGAAGAAAGUGUCAUGCCGGACGACUCGGACGACUCGGGGGAUGACGAUGCAUAA